AUGAUGAUGACAAUGGAAGGGAUGAUGGAGAUGGGUGUGUUGGAUGAUAUUAUAAGGAGGUUGUUGGAAGGCAAAGGAGGGAAACAGGUUCAGCUUUCGGAGAUCGAGAUCCGUCAACUCUGCGUUAACGCCAGACAAAUCUUCCUCUCUCAGCCCAAUCUUCUCGAGCUCCAUGCCCCCAUUCGCAUCUGCGGUGACAUCCAUGGACAGUACCAAGACCUUUUAAGGUUAUUCGAAUACGGAGGCUAUCCUCCUUCAGCAAACUAUCUCUUCCUCGGCGAUUACGUGGAUAGAGGCAAGCAGAGUCUUGAAACGAUAUGUUUGCUCUUGGCCUACAAAAUCCGGUACCCAUCCAAGAUAUUCCUCUUGAGAGGAAACCAUGAAGACGCUAAGAUCAACAGGAUUUACGGCUUCUACGACGAAUGCAAACGGAGAUUCAAUGUACGGCUUUGGAAGAUUUUCACCGACUGCUUCAAUUGUUUGCCUGUAGCUGCUCUCAUCGACGACAAGAUCUUAUGUAUGCACGGCGGUUUGUCACCAGAGCUGGAGAACCUGGGACAGAUUCGAGAGAUUCAAAGGCCUACAGAGAUUCCAGACAACGGCCUUCUUUGUGAUUUACUUUGGUCUGAUCCUGACCAGAAGAGCGAAGGGUGGUCUGAUAGCGAUCGAGGUAUCUCCUGCACGUUUGGAGCCGAUGUAGUCGCUGAGUUCUUGGAGAAGAAUGAUCUCGACCUCAUUUGCCGAGGCCAUCAGGUAGUGGAAGAUGGGUACGAGUUUUUCGCGAAACGGAGAUUAGUCACCAUAUUCUCAGCUCCAAACUAUGGUGGAGAGUUUGACAAUGCCGGUGCAUUAUUGAGUGUGGACCAAUCCCUCGUUUGCUCUUUCGAGAUCCUGAAACCUGCCCCAGCUUCAAGCAGUAAUCCUCUCAAGAAGGUACCAAAAAUGGGGAAGUCUUGA